AAACAAUAUUCAUAAGGUACAGGUUUACUAUUUUUUAUAGUAAGGUUACAAUAACCCCCGAGACAACUCAGUCAAGAGUUUUUUUAUUUAUUCGAGCAACAGGCGCGCCUUAUUUACGUUUAUCGGCUCAACAUAAAAGUUGGUAAUUAUGGCGGAAAUACAGGAAAAGGUUAUUAUGACACCAAAGAGCAAAACAGCUACAUCUACAAUCCUGGUAGUCGAGAGAAAAGUUAUUGAAGCCCAACCUAGUGACAAAAUACAUGUAGCAGGUGGUGACCACACUGGGAUCAUUAUCAACAAGGAGGAAGUUUAUGAAAAUGGAAUCACAGAGUCAUGUCAUGCACAGUUGGAGUUUUGUGUUUAUUUGGUAUCAGCAGCCACGGGCAAGCACACUAGAGAAGCGAGAGCCCUGAGAUUUUGGUUUAAACCUGAGGUGCCGUUGCAUGAGUGUCCACAUGAGGCCCAAGCAUUCUUUCGUGAGCUAGUAAGCCCACAAGACUUUCCCAAAGAUUAUGUUGGUUUCAUAAAAAAAAUUAUCAAAUUGAUGCAAAACAAAUAUCAUCGGCUGAAAAUUUUGGAGGUGGAGUUACGACAGGAAGCCAGUGGACCACCACCAGAAAACAAAGGCGAUAUAACGAGUAAGACUACUAGUUACACAUGUUGUAAUGGUUCUUUCAUAGAAGAAAAUGGCACGAAUCAAACACACAUCUCAGAACAAAAGGUGCUGGAUAUGAUUGAAAAUGCUUACCCCAAUCCCCUGUCAGUGGAUGACUUCGUCACGGCUGGAAAAUGGUCGAAAGCAGAGGUGAAAGACGCCCUAGAAGCUUUGGAGGAGAAAGGACUUACGCGUGUGAUGUCAGAAGGAAUUUAUGUCCGGCAACAUAGUAUUGAUACGCAGGUGGUGAAGCAAAUGCCAACGCUGUGCUCCUCGCGACAGCCGACUAUAGCCGUGGUGACGGCCCUGUACUGCGAAAAACAAGCCGUUGACGCCAUGAUGGACAACCAGGAGACGUAUGUCCGAUACACCACAGUCGGGGAGUCCAAUGUGUACACGUUGGGCACAAUCGGUGCUCAUCGCGUGGUUACAACCAAGCUGCCGUCAGUGGGCCGUACGAGAGAGGCCAUGACCGCUGCCGGUAACACCACCACUAGGUUGCUCGGAAUAUUCCAAAAGGUGGAAUACGUGUUCUUGGUGGGCGUGGGCGGCGGGGUCCCUCACUACACGGACUACACUAAACACGUGAGGCUAGGUGACGUCGUGGUGUCCACGCCGGCGCCGGAUCUCAAUGACAAAUACGUGUACCAGUUCUGCGAGAAGGCGGAGCGCAACGACAAGGGUGGGUGGGACUUCGAGGUGAAGCCGUACAAGCCGGCCGUCCCCCUGCUGCAGGACAUCGCCCUGCGCCUCAACAACCCCAGCUGGAAGUGGAGCGUAUACGUUACUGAAGGUCUGGAGCGUUUGCGGAGCGUGCCCGGCAAGUGGGAGGCGCCGGAGCACACGACGGAUCGGUUGACCGUCGACGUCGGCGGCGGCGCCUUCAUAGAGGUCUCACAUCCCGCGCCGCAGGGCGAGCAGAUGCGCAGCGCGCGUGUGCACUGCGCGCCGGUAGCGGGCGGGCGCGCGGUGGCGGGCAGCGGCGAGGCGCGCGCGGCGUUCGCGGCGCACGCGCGCGCCCUCGCGUACGACUGCGAGCUCGACGCGGUGCUCGACAGCGUCGUCGGCAACUGCAAGGACUGCUUCAUAUCCAUUCGAGGUAUAUCAGACUACCGCGACGGCACACGCGGCAAGGACUGGCAGCCGCACGCCGCGCUCGCGGCAGCCGCCGUCAUGAAGGGCAUAGUCACCGCCAUGGACCCGCCCACUGAUUAAAGCAAGAACACGUCAGGAAAUUCGUAUAUUCACCUACUAAGGGCUCCCACACAAAACUGCGAAUUUGCAUCGCAUCGCAAAUAUCUGCGACAAAACUCAUAUUAAAAAUGACAUCCGCAAGAAUUCGCAGUUAUGUGUGGGAGCCCUAACUGCUGCAAAGAAAAUGCCAAAUUCGAACAUUGGUACGAGUUUACUAGCACGUGAUGUGAUACAAGUUAAUUGCCGACUCCCGAAAGUUAUCUGAGUCACGCUUAAUAUGCAUGAGUGCCCGAAUCGUGCAGUCUAGUAUGAAUGUCUACUAUAAUUGUGGUAUAGUAGUCACUUGAGCUAACAUUUUUCAUCUUUGAAUAUCGGCCUUUUUUCAAAUGUGGCAAAAUAAGUAACAAUUAAAUAACCCCAUAACGGUAGGUAAUCAAGGUUCAGACGGUCCAAUGACCGCGGCCCGACGACCCCGUGUGAAAUUACAUUACGUAGGGGCAAUGUACGAAUUUCUUAAAAUAAAACUACUUGCUGAACUGGUAGUGUGUAGAAGAUUUUACAUACAUUUUUGUAUCGAAUAAUAAAAACCCAUAGAAAUUAGACUUGAAUGUGGUUUAAUGUUAAGUAUUGCAUUUGCAAAAAUCAAGUCUUGAUUAAAAUUUUACUACCUAUGAAAAAGAUAAUGAUACUAUUAUUAGACCGUAUUUAGGUGCCAAUAUUUAAUCAAUAUCAUUAUGACUGCAUUUUGGCCUACAAAAUAUUUUACUUACACAUAUUGAAACAGGACUUUGUUCUUAAACUUAGAUAGAUAAUAAUUAAUUAGAAUACAGGUUUACUUGCCUUAUAGUUGCUAGAUCUGUAGAACAUUAUUUACAAAUUGAUGUUGGUAUUUAUCUUCCAAUAUUUGAUUGUGACCUAAAUAUAUUAUUGUUAUUCGUGUGACACUUGCAUGCUCUUUCUAGUGUUGUUGAAUCUCCUUCUGAUGUUUGAAAUAUUUUAUAAACCACCCGUUACCCUUGAUGUUCCUUUGUUUCACUAAACAUAUCGAAUGUUCCACUUAAACUUUGUUAAACUACGGGACUACUCAAAGUAGCUAAUAGCAAAGGUAACGCGCCAUGAUCGCUUUGAUUAUGUGUUUGUGAGUGUACGGCACCUUUCCGCAUGCAGACUCUCACAUAGGUCGUGCUGUGAGUAACAUCAAAUCUCGCAUUGGCGCUCGCACACGCACACUCAAAUCGGCGUGUUUAUAUUAUGCAGAUGCGCUACUGUUGUAAACUCUGCCCCUAACGUCCUUGUCUAUGUUACCUAGUGUGAAACAUUCCAAGUACAAUGACUCGCUGAGAUACGGCGUCUUAGGCUGUACCGUUCUGUUGUUAGUUGUGUUAAUUAUAUUUAUGUGACCAAAUUGUUAAUGACUGACCACCAAUAUGAAACCGUUAAUUUUGUUUUGAAUACAUUGAAAAUGUUAUUAUUGUUAUCGUGAAUCGUACCAAAUAUAUUUAAACUUUAUUAUAAUGCAUGCCGUGCUCUAUUUAGGAGAUUUUUAUAAUAUCGAAGUGUUCGUUUUUUAAUUGUAAGUUACGAACUUUUGCACACUUUAUUUUAAGAGUUUACCUUUUUUUAAAUAUUUAUUUGUGAAGUACAUAUUAAGUUAAACUAGUGCCUAUAAUGAGCAACUUUAAAAGUUGUUGAUAGUAUUUCACUGCCAUAUGUGGCCUAUUUAUUCAUAGUUUUAAUGUUUGUUGUAUGAACCAAAGUCGGCAAUUUGUCUGUUUAAAACAGGUCUAGUCGCCUGAAAAUAUUUAUUUACAAUUUUUUAUAACCAUAGUAUUUUAUUGACAUAAUUUUAAUAUUUUAAUAUCAAUUAUCAUUAAAUCAAUGCCGAGACAUGGUACUAAAUUGCUUAAGAAUUUAACAAAAUUAAUAAAACAAACCGAAUAAUACAAAAACAACCUAUUAUAGGUUUGAUUAUAAAGACCUACAAAUAGUUGAGUUUUCAAGUGACUUUUGUGUUGAGAUUAUGUUAUUCAUGUUUGAAUAUUAUAUACUUACGUAUUAUUUCGUUUGUGUGAUUUGCUUUAUUUGUAUGACCAAUUACUUGUAAUGUUGUAAUUUAAUUUUACUAUUUGUAUAUUAGAAG